GUAUUUUCAAUUAAUUUUGGUUUCAUUUCUGUUCCACCCACAGGACCAUGUGUAGCUGGUAUCGUAGGCUACAAGAUGCCCAGGUAUUGCCUGUUUGGAGAUACAGUCAACACAGCCUCCAGGAUGGAGUCAACCAGUCUGCCUCAGAAGAUCCACGUGAGCUCAGCAACACACCUGGCUCUGAUGAGAGACAACGCAUAUGAGCUUCAUCUUAGAGGAGAGAUUGAAGUGAAGGGAAAGGGGAAAAUGAACACAUAUUGGCUGAUCGGUAACAAAAACUACAGCGUUCAGAACGACAGUUUGGUGUGUCACUGGAAUCCCAACCUGGCCAGAAAGAAGAAGACCCCGACAGGAAGCAACGUCUCUGUGGACAACUCCAGCAUUACAGUGCAGAGUGUGAGUGAGAGUGCUACGCCGGUUUCUCAGGCUGAGGCUCCUCUUAAGGUGGAGGGCUCUGAGGUCACUAUCUGUGUGUCGGCACAGGUGGAGAACUGUGCGGGCAGCUACGGGACACUGGGCUCCAUGAUGGGGGGCGAGGAGAACCCCUCCAGCCCACAGGUCCAGAGAGAGACUUCUCUACCGGGGCUGGUGCCGCACUGCUGAGCAAGAGUGUGAGUGACACAGACAUAAUGGAGAAUUCUCUGAGAGGUUAGAGCAGUGUUUCUUAAUCCUGGUCCUCGAGACAUCCUGCUUUGAACACUGUAGAAGAAUCGAUGCUUUAACUUUAACCCCUCUGCAACUAAUUAAGACUUAAAGUACCUAUUAAUGAGCUGUAUAUUUGAAUCAGGGGUGGGUUUCCCGAAUGAUUCGUAAUGCUAAGAACUUCAAUAACUUAAAUUUAAGAUUGAUGGUUAAUUAAAGAGUGUUUCCCAAACCCAUGCGUAACUAAAGUACUACAUUAACUCGCUUGCAGAUUAACGAGUAACCCGACCCAGUCGUUAUUCAAAAAUAACUACUUUAAAGGGAAUUCUGCUUGCAGUUCAGCACCUUAAACACCAGGGACAAUUUUGAGGGAGAAAAAAAAAUAUUUUUGUGGUUGAAUUAUUUUAAAAUAUAAUUAUAUUAUAUUAUAAUAUAAUGUCAACUUUGUCUGUAGCUUGUAGCGUAACUGGACAUAUUGGAAUUGACCAAUCAAACCCACAAAUAAAUCAUUAAAAUGUAUAUUACAAUAAUAUUUAAUAAUCAGGUGCUUCUAACCAACAUUGUUGCUGUUCAUACAAACAUAUAAGUACCAGUCAAAAGUUUAGACACGUCUCAUUCAAUGUUUUCUUUAUUUUUUAUUUAAUUUAUUUUCUACUUUGAAGAUUAAUAUUAAAACCACAAAAACUAUUAAUUGACGAAUAUGUAUAAUGUUGUUGAUUACGUUUUUAGGGCGUAAUCAUUAAUAAAUACUGCAUAUAUGUUUGUUGUUCGAUUGAGCGCGCUGUUUCGGGGGAAGAAGUCAACUAAGACGUUCUUUAAACUUUUUUCGCUUUGCGAAGCUGUUUGGGAAACACUCGCAGAACUGGCUCAUUCUAUACUCGUCAUUCGUUAGUUUGUUCGUUAUUCGCUAAGAUUGAUCAUUUUUGGGAAACCCACCCCUGGCGUUCAAAAAAAGAAUCAAAUAUUGAUGUUUUGCUCCCUAAUUUUAAACUGCAUUGUUGACCAAAAUCAGAUGCAGGUGUAAAAAUGUAAGAAGAACUUUUGACUAAACCUAAGUUAUCACAAAAAUCCUCUGUAAUUAUUUUUAAGCUGGCAUGACAUAAAGAGAUUUUGUGUAAAACCAUAGUUUAGUUUUAGCCACUUUGCUUUGCUUUUUAAGCUUAUCAUUUAUUUAAGUUCAUUAUUAAGUUAAUAAUUUAUAACUAUAUUGUCUCUCUAUUGGAUUGUUGCUAUGACUUCACAAUCCUGUGAUGUUCAUUUUUUUAAUGUCCGUUCUGUUCCUUAUCUCUUACAAAGAUUAACGUCUUUCAUUUCUAACAAAGAAACAAAUUAAAUUUACCAAAACCAAUCUUUCUCGCAGUUAUACUUUCCAGAGUCUCUUUUCUGUGUAAUUCUGGUGUACCUGACCCUUCACCUUUCCAAUCAUCACAAUCUUACAUCAGCCCCACCUUUAAAGAACUCUAAGUGAAUGAUCAUUAUGAACAGAAGUGGAAUGUAAUUUGAUGGAGAAAUCUGAGUGUUCACAGCAAUGACGACUGGAGAAAGGGAGCUCUGUGUUCGGAGGCUGUGAAAGACACAGGCACGCGUCCUGAAGGAGCCAUUGUAUUUCCAUCAAAUGAAGGCUGGAGAUAAUUGCUCGGCUGAAGCACACUCCACUUAGGACGCAAUUCAGACCGGGCACACUCCCGGACAUCUGAGCCAAGCCAGGAGCGUCCACAUGUGGUGGGGGGUGGACGGGUUUUGUUAACCAGUCCACAAGAAUACGAGAUAUAUGUUAAUCAUUUUCUACCAGCUAAUACCAACUCAAUACUGAACACCAUAAAUGUUUUAAUAUCACUGUACUAUUUGUGGAAAAAUUAUUGCUAAUAAAAUUAGCUUAACUGGA